AUGAAUCAUCCUGAUAUAGUUCGUGCAUUCUUCGGUCUCAAUCAUCGUUUCAAUUUACUUGUAAGCGAAUCCAUUCGUCAUCUCAAUAUUCCUGCUGACACACGAGCUGAUUGGUUUAUGAGUUAUAUGCCUCGUAUUCAGAAUACAAUCGAGAUGAUCAUUCUUAAAACCGAAUCAGUGCCUCAUAUAUUUUCAUGUACACAUUCAUAUCCAAAUCUUCGUUCAAUUAUUCUCAAGAAUAAUUAUGAAUUCAUUGCCAAGUUGAACGUCGAAAAUUGUUCUGCUUUAGGUGCCAUUAUUUCAUGUUUAAAUCUACUUCGAAUAUACAACGCUUGGGCGAUAGAUGAUGAAAACGAACAAAUGAUACCUCUUUUUGCAACUGAACCUAUAGAUCGUGAUUUUGACACUAAAGUAUGUGAUUGA